GGGGCGGCCGGCGCGGCGGCGUCUCAGAGGCCCCGCCCGUGUGCCACCCGCGUCGGUUCGGGACCGCCCACUCCCGCGAGAGACCCAGGAGCGGCCAUGGCCGCCCGGCUUCCGACGGCCUGGUGCAGUGAACCAGUGGCCUUUGAAGAUUUAACACUGACUUUUACCCCGGAGGAGUGGGGACUGCUGGACCUCAGACAGAAGUCUCUGUACAGGGAAGUGAUGCUGGAGAACUACAGGAACCUGGUCUCUGUGGAACAUCAGCUUUCCAAGCCAGAUGUGGUAUCUCAGUUAGAAGUCGCAGAAGACUUCUGGCCAGAGGAAAGAGGAAUUCUUCAAGACACCUUUCCAGAAUGUCCUAAAGUUCCACUGGGCCCUCAGAUGAAGUCUCUUCCUGCUGAAAAUCCCCUCAUGAAGAUCAGGGUUGUUGAGGUCCUCACACUGAACCAGGAGAUGGCUGGUCCCCGAAAUGCCCAGAUCCAGGCCCUCUAUGCUGAGAAGGGGGAACUCAGCCCAGGCAUCCUCGGGGAGCCAGCCCAACAGACAGGUGGGCAUCCAGCUGACCCUGAAGCUGCUCGCCAGAGGUUUCGGCAGUUCCAGUAUGAGGAGUCAGCUGACCCUCAGAAGGCUCUGGCCCGACUUCGUGAGCUCUGUCGCGAGUGGCUACGGCCUGAGGCACGCUCCAAGGAGCAGAUCCUGGAGUUGCUGGUGCUGGAGCAGUUUCUGGGUGCUCUGCCUGAGAAGUUCCGGACAUGGGUGGAGUCACAGCAUCCUGAGAACUGCCAGGCUGCCGUAGCCCUGGUGGAGGACGUGACCUUGCUGUCGGUAGAGGAAGGACUCCCUGUCCAGGGGCCUGCCUGCUGUCCAGAGGUCACUGCUCAGCAGGAGAAGGAACAGGAGGAGGUGGCCAUCUGUCCAGAGGCGGUGCCGAAUGAGGAGCCUGUGACCUUCCAGGAUGUGGCUGUGGGCUUCAGCCGGGAGGAAUGGGGGCUGCUGGGCCCGACACAGAGGACUGAGUACCAUGAUGUGAUGCUGGAGACCUUUGGGAACCUGGUCUCAGUAGGGUGGGAGAGUACACCGGAAGGCAAAGAGUUAACUCCAGAUUCUGAUGAUCCUGCAGAGAGACCACUUCAUGACCCCAAAAUGAAACAGUCCUCAGGAGAAGGUCGCCAGUCCUCCCCCUCAACUGCUGUUUCUCAGGGUGGGGUCCCCAAAGCCCUGGCCACCGUGAACCGGGCGGAGCCUGCCCAGGAGCAAGGCCCCUCUGGGCAGCAGCUCCCGGAAGGCCCCGGAGCUCCGGGAGCGCAGGCCGGACCUGACCCGAGCCACGGCUCGCCCCCGAAAGGCCCUCCCAGACGGCGCUCGCGCCCACAGGGCCCUCGGGUGACUAGCGCGGCGCCCGCGGCCUCCCCGGGGAGGGCGCAGCCGAGGGGCUGUGGGAGGGGGAGAGCCGGAGCGGGCUGUCGGAUGGCCGGGGGCCGGGCGGGGGCCCGGGCGGGGGCCCGGCGAGCCGUGCAGAUCACCUUCAUCCGGAUCCACAAGGGCAGCCAGGUGUGCCGCUGCAGCGAGUGCGGGAAGGUGUUCCGGAACCCCAGGUACUUCUCGGUGCACAAGAAGAUCCACACCGGGGAGCGGCCCUACGUGUGCCGGGACUGCGGCAAGGGCUUCGUGCAGAGCUCGUCGCUCACGCAGCACCGCAGGGUGCACAGCGGCGAGCGGCCCUUUGAGUGCCGCGAGUGCGGCCGGACCUUCAACGACCGCUCGGCCAUCUCGCAGCACCUGCGCACGCACACGGGCGCCAAGCCCUACCCCUGCCCGCACUGCGGCAAGGCCUUCCGCCAGAGCUCGCACCUCAUCAGGCACCAGAGGACGCACACCGGGGAGCGCCCCUACGUGUGCAGGAAGUGCGGCAAGGCCUUCACCCAGAGCUCGCACCUCAUCGGGCACCAGAAAACGCACGGCGGGAGGAAGUGCAGGAGGACUCAGCCGGCCUCCUAGCCUCC